UUUUGUUUUCCCAUAUACAAAAACGGUAAUUCCUUGAUUCAAUCAUAAGUUUAGCAAAUAUUCAGUUUAUGCUCAACCAGACAUACACAAAUGUCUGUCAGUGGCAGUGCACGUACUACGAUUCGUGGAGGAAGAAACAAACUUCAUUUCCCAAGACAAAUGUUAAUGAGGACGCGUCAUUGGACAAUCGUCCAAUACGAUUCUGAGUGUCUGGAUCAGACGGUGGUCUACCACGAAACAUGCUCGCGUUUACUACAAACCUCGAACCUGGAUAGAACACCGUAGACCACUGUUGGGAGAUGAGUUGCUGCACGGGCUACGAUACUGCAUUGACCAGUUCUAGUCCUGUAAAGUGAAAGCUGUCAGAGGAAUAACGUUGUUGUUUCACAGCUGCUGUUAAGAGAACAAUCUGCGCUUGAUAAUCAAUCAAAGAGGCUGGACAGUCAUCGUCUGAACAUUCGGAUUUGUGACAAUGGCAAAACGAAGCACUUUAUUUAUUCGAAUUGUCGAGGGCAAAAAUUUGCCUAUUAAGGACAUAACUGGGAGCAGUGAUCCAUACUGCAUCGUGAGGAUUGACAAUGAGGCCAUCAUUAGGACGGCCACAAUAUGGAAGACUCUGUCUCCAUUCUGGGGGGAGGAGUACAACGUCCACCUGCCCCCAUCCUUCCACACUGUGUCAUUCCAUGUACUAGAUGAGGACUCUCUCAGUCGUGAUGACGUUAUUGGCAAGGUGUCGAUCAGCAAAGAAGCUCUUGCUGCCAAGCCACAAGGUGUGGAUGGGUGGGUGAACUUGACAGAGAUCGACCCAGAUGAGGAGGUACAGGGGGAGAUCCACCUGCAGGUGUCAGUGCUGGGGGACGCGGACGUCCCUAGAAUACUGCGUUGCCAAGUCCUGGAAGCCAGAGACCUGGCAAAGAAAGAUCGGAAUGGUGCCUCGGACCCCUUUGUCAGAGUACGUUACAACGGCAAAACUCACGAAAGCACAGUGAUCAAGAAGUCUUGUUACCCUCGCUGGAACGAGAGUUUUGAGUUUGAGCUAGACGACACCUUUCCUGACAGCCCCCUGAGUGUGGAGGUAUGGGACUGGGACCUGGUCAGCAAGAACGACUUUCUGGGCAAGGUUCUGUUCAACAUCCACAGGUUGCAGUCAGCCCAACAGGAGGAAGGCUGGUUCCGAUUGGUGCCCGAAAAACCCAAACACAGCCAGUACGAGGGCACUCUGGGAUCUCUGCGCCUGCAACUCCGCCUCCGAGAUGAGACAGUUCUGCCCUCCAGUCACUACCAGCCGCUCACAGAGCUCCUGUGCCAAUCUGUGGGAGCCCAUCUCAAUGGCAACUGGCCAGACUUAAUUAUGCUCAUUGAUGAGACGACCACCGCAGAGAGCCGACAGGAGGUUGCAUCCAACCUUGUGAAGCUCUUCCUGGGUCAGGGAUUGGCCAAGGAGUUCAUGGAUGUUCUGUUCAAAUUGGAACUAGAUAGGACCAGUGAACCCAAUACUUUGUUUCGUAGCAACUCCUUAGCUUCUAAAUCCAUGGAGUCAUUUUUGAAGGUGGCCGGCAUGCAGUAUCUGCACAGGAUUCUGGGCCCUCUGAUCAACAGGAUCUUCGAAGAGAAGAAGUAUGUGGAACUGGACCCCAACAAAGUAGAGCUGAAGGAGGCUGGGUGUGCAGGUCUCCACCGGGUGCACACGGAAUCGGAGGUGAUUCAGCAGAGUGCCGACCUCCUCCAGUCCUAUCUGUCUGACCUGCUGCAUGCCAUCCUCCAGUCAGCCUCCUACUGCCCUGUGGCUCUGUGCCAGGCCUUCCAGCAGCUCUACCAGCGUGUCCACAAGCGCUUCCCCGAGCCAGAGUACCGGAAGGUGAAGUUCAUAGCCGUUACCAGUUUCCUGUGUCUUCGCUUCAUCUCUCCAGCCAUCAUGUCCCCCAAACUCUUCCACCUUCGCGAGAAGCACGCUGAUGCCCGUACCAGUCGCACACUGCUUCUGUUGGCUAAGGCCAUUCAAACCAUUGGUAACCUGGAUACCCUGACCUGCUGCUGUAAAGAGCCCUGGAUGGUUCCCCUGCAGCCUGCCAUCCAGCAGGGCAUCACCCAGCUCAAAGACUUCAUCAGCAAGCUGGUCACCUGUGGUGACUCGGAAGACCUCUGCCUCAAGGAGAGGAUGAGUCUCAAGUAUGGCUCCAUGGAGAAGGGAGGCUACCUGCUUCUCCACAGGACCAAGGAUAAGAGCUUGCUGAUGGCCUCACCCUUCAAGAAGUACUUUGUCACUCUCAGCAAAGACAUGCUGUCCUACUCCAGGACACAGCACUCCAAGCAGAAGAGCUCCUUCAUCUCGCUGCCCAAGAUCCGAGCUGUGGAGAAGGUGGAGGAGAAAAGCUUUGGCAGUGCGAACGUCAUGCAGAUCAUCUCCAGCGAGGAUAGCAGAGAGAUAGAGACCCUGUACUUGGACUGUAAGAGUGUGAACGAAUUGAAUCAGUGGCUGUCGGCUCUGAGGAAAGCCUGCAGCCACAAUACUGACACUAUGAGCUGCUACCACCCAGGGAUCUACAAAGGGGAUCGUUGGAGCUGCUGCCACCAGAAGGACAAAGCAGACCCAGGGUGUGACAAAACCAAGCAUGGGGUGACAUUGCAGGAGUGGUACGACCCCCUUGAUCCAGAUCUGGAAUCCCAGCUCAUCUACCGACACCUCAUUGGAGUCAGGCAGGCAAUGAGGGACAAACACCUGGAGAUGAAGCUACAGAAUGAUGAUGAUUGUAAAACUGUGGAGGGUGACAAGAAACUGGACGGGGUCACAAGGUUUUUCCAUGUCCUCCAAGACUUGCAGGAUUCUCACACUGCUGUAGAGGAAGAGGAGAAGUCCAAGAAUAAAAACCUUCUCCUGGAAAUACAGACAUAACACAAACACUGUACAGCACUGCCAUGUGUCAUUGUAUUUUAAUUGAUUUUGCUCAUAACUCCUUCUUCUUGGGUGGAAAAAAACACUCUUCUUAGGAUAGGGGAUGCCAGUAGACUUUUUUGGGGGGGUGAUAAUGUACUCGUUCAUCUAAGUGUCUUCAUGAUGUAUCGGAAGAUGAGUCACUGUGUAGGCCUAAAAAAACGUUGCCGGGCUACCAGCAGCAUCCCUUUAAGAGAGAACCUGGCAGGAAAAGUUCUUUGGAUCAAUCUGUGUUGUUGACACCACAUAUAGCUUUCCACCAGCUUAUCCUACCAUAAGCUAGAUGUUGCCGAGGCUGUGUAUGGACAGGCAACAGUUUUCAUAAUAAUUAUAUUUUUGUUGUGAGAGUGAAAUGUACAUAUUUUAGAAGCUUUGAUGGAGAUUAAAUAGUGUGCAGCGGCUACCAAUAGAAUUGCUUAAAAAUAUCAGCCUGACAAAAUAAAAUAGCAAGCUAAGCGAUAGUGAUGGAGCUCUCAAAAGAUAUAUGUUGCCAAUUGACAAUGCAGCAGUGUUAAAAUAAUGAUUUCAAAUUAUGCUUUGUAGGAUUACACUUUUACAUGAAAUAUAAUAUUGAUGUGUCUAUAGAGAAUAAGUCUUUUUUAUAUAUUUUUUAUAAUGUAUUAUGAAAUUACUUAAUAUGACAGUAUUACACUUCAUUCAUUAAAGUUCAUUGACCUGUAUUUAUAUUUCCAUAACGUUUUUGGAUGUAAUCUUUUUAUUGUCUGUCAUUUACUGUGUCAUUAUAUGUCAGGAUAAGGAAUUACAU